UAAAAACACGGCCAUGCAGUGUAAUGGAGUCACUGUUGUUACGUUCCCUUGUCGAGGGAGAGGGAAAAGUUAAUAAUUAGGAAUUAACAAUAAAUCCCUCACACUGUUACAUCAAUGUAUAUACUGCUUAAAAACCAUAACCUUGCAUUAAAAAAAAAUUCUGUCUUAUAUUGCAUACGCCAUGAGGAAAAGUGCAAAUUUAUUUUCACUUAAACUGAUAACUUACACCAAUAAUAGUUUUAUCACUAUAUCUGCCCCUACCUUUUGGUGAUGUAAUUUUUUGAUAAUAGAAAAUGUCCCGAGAGUUUUGAGGGAGAUUUCUCAUGUAGUUAGUAGAUUACAAUAAAAUAUCAGUAAAAAAAUCUGUGCUACAACAGAGAGCUUCUCAGAUGGUUUUGAGUAAUUUUGGCAGCCAAGAGAUUGCUGCCUAGCUUCGGAGAUCGAACAAACCUUUAAAUGUCCCGACCUCACCUUUUUUGUCUUUAGAAAACUUGCAUCUAAACGUAUUGAUUAGUCAGUAAUUCAGUGCAGAGAUAUUAUGUAGAAACAUUUAAUAUCCAGUUUCAUCUUUGUUAUUUCAUAACAUUUGCACAUUUGCCGUAUAUACUGCUGCGUCAGUUUCCUUGUUUAACUUCAUCAGUUGAAAGGAAGCAUUGACUCGUAAGAAACAGUUUUUGAGCCGAUACAUUGACUUUUACAACCGUAAUAUUGCAGUAUAUUUGUACGAAAGUGAAGUUAUUAUUUUUAUUUUGAUCAUCAUUAUCAUUAUUAUGGAUUAGCCGCAUCUUUUCCCUUGUAUUCCCUUUUGUUACAUACAGUGUAAGUCAAAUGAUUACUAAACGAUGUCACUUGAUCACUUGUGUGAAACAAAAUGAUCGCAAAACGAUGUCACUUGAUCACUUGUGUCACAAUCAGGGUUGGUGGAGCAGAAAAUAUCUCGGACGCCAAAUAGCAAAUUUAUUAACUUCUGAUUGCUUCGAUGCGUGCUCCCAAAAUGAUUCAAAGAAAUAAAUGUGACCGUCACGCGGUUGAUUUUCAGCGCGGAUUUUGCAACAAGCAGGAACAACUCUCCAUUAAGGUCCUUUUUCAAUCGAACAAAAUAACACACAAUUCAAGCAAUCAUGUGCAUUGAAUUGGUAUGCUAAUAUUACGGUUCAGUCAACACUAUAAAGUCUACCAUUUAUUUCCACUCGAGGCGUAUUUGUAAUUUCUGAUUUAUUCAUUCUACUGCACUGUCGUACAUAUCCGUUGAAUCCGAAACACUUCAACCCAAUAGACCACCUACAGUUAAGGAUCAUUUCUAACACACCUCGUUGAAAAAAUAUUCGCCCAUGACACAAAAACGAAGCAACUUAAUUCGACUGAUCGAUGUUCCAGUGUAUAAUUUGCCUAUCAUCGGGACGUUUUUGAAAUCAUGUUAAUGUGCUAGCUCUAGGCGCCGGUGUUCUUUUCUUUACUAGUCUGGCUCACUCUUGGCUGUAGCUAAGCGAAUAGCAGUACUCAGGAAAGUUCAUAUCGAAAAAAGAUCCAGAAACGAAUGCAAAAGUUUUUUUGGAAAAUUGGAAAUCAUCGGAGCACAACAACUAUUAUUUUGCAUUGUUGUGGCAUACGUAUGUCACACUAAGGACAGGCAUUAACGAGAAGGGAAUGGAGACAAUAAGUUUUCGCAAUUUCCGCCUCUGCCAAGACCUCCCCUAUUAAGGUUAUUAACUUGUGUUGUUUUAGAACGGAAACAUGUCGUGACAGGAAGUCGGUGUCAUUCGCGUGGCUGUUCAUUCGAAAUCAUCUUUCAUAACUCAAACUUUCGAGCUAAAAAUCAAAGUAAAGUUUCAGUGAGUUGCGCGUCGUAGAGGUCAGAGCCUUGUGAAGGAAUAUAGCAGUCAGCAAAAAGGUAUUCACUGGGUUGGUAAGUUGAUUGAAAUGCUUGUACUGGUAACCAGCCUUACAGCAUAGAAAUGGCUCAAGUUCGUGCCAUUGUUGUUCUUACCAUCUUCAACACUAUGAUGGCUCAUUGGGGUUGGUGGAAAGAGGGAUUUUUAUUUUUUUUAACCAUGAUACACAAACAGACGAUACAUGGCGCUUCUGGCGCAAAAACAUUCAGAGUUCACCACCAAAAACGGAAUUACACAGACGCAGACAAAGCAUGUAAAACAAAAAACCAAAGUGACCAUCUCGCAAAAAUUAGAAACGCUGACGACCUUCAGUUGGCUAAGAAUAUAUCAAAUACCACUAACGGCAUGAAAUAUUGGACGAGUCUCCAUGUCUGGAUUGGCGAUUGGAAAUGGAGUGAUAACAAUACGGCUGGUAUACAACUUAUAGACGUUGUGAACAAUUUUAAUCGUACAGAAGCACAGUCUAAGGAACCUAGGAAGUUAUGCUGUAUGGUAACCCAUGAUACUCUCCUAGAGUGCACUAACUGUAGUGAGGAGCACGCCUUUAUAUGUGAAGAUUUCCAAGAGAGUAAUUUUACUCAAGUGGACACUAAUUCUAGGUAAGUACAAUGAAAAUUU